AUGAUAUCAAUUACACAAUAACAACUGAGUUUUGAAGGUAGUCUAGGUACCACACAACAAUACAAUCCAUUGAACAACAGUGGUCAACAGGACUGCAAUUUUACCGAAUGACAUGCAAUUUCGUUAACUGAAGCUGUGAAAUAAUCCUGGGAAAAUGGGAACUCCAGUCAAAGAUGUGACGCUGAAACCAGAUGCUCCAAAGACUCUGCUCUUAGACAAACAUAUCCAGUUUAUUGCCAGCUACAGCUCAAAGAAAGAUGAUUACGAAUACAUAAUGACAGAGUACCUCAGAAUGAGUGGAAUCUAUUGGGGAAUCACAGUCAUGGAUCUAAUGAAGCACCUAGAACACAUGGACAAGCAGGAUAUAGUUGACUUUGUUGUCAGCUGCCAGCAUGAAUGCGGUGGUCUCGGAGCUAGCGUUAACCAUGACCCACAUCUGCUGUAUACACUCAGUGCAAUACAGAUUUUGACAAUCUUCGAUGCCGUUGAUGCCAUAAAUGUAGAAAAAGUUGUUGAGUAUGUGAAGGGACUACAGUUACAGGAUGGCUCAUUCACGGGAGACAAAUGGGGGGAGGUGGACACCAGAUUUUCAUUUUGUGCUGUUGCAUGCCUAGCAUUACUGAAUAGACUUGAUGCUGUGGAUGUACAGAAAGCUGUGGAUUACGUCUUAUCGUGUAUGAAUUUUGACGGUGGCUUUGGGUGUCGGCCCGGCUCGGAAUCCCACUCAGGGCAGGUUUAUUGCUGUGUUGGUAUGCUUGCAAUCACCGGUAAUCUGCACCACAUCAAUGCUGAUCAGCUUGGCUGGUGGCUGUGUGAGAGGCAACUCCCCUCUGGUGGACUAAAUGGGAGACCAGAGAAGCUACCCGACGUCUGUUACUCCUGGUGGGUUCUAGCCUCUCUCAAGAUCAUCGGCAGGAUACAUUGGAUCGACAAGAAAAAACUAGAAAUGUUCAUCCUUGCAUGUCAAGAUGACGAGACAGGAGGAUUUGCCGACAGACCAGGGGAUAUGGUGGACCCGUUUCACACCCUCUUUGGAAUCGCCGGCUUGUCUCUACUUGGCUCCUAUUCUGACCAGAUCAAACCGGUCAACCCGGUCUACUGCAUGCCCGAGGAGACACUACAGAGAAUACGACUCAUGACGCCUCUCCUCUGAAUUCCACCUAGUUCAAUGUACUUUUUUCUUCCAAAAAGUUCUCUGCAAUCAAUUGACGACAAAUGAAUCCCCAAAGCAUGAAGAAUCUUCUGUAAAGAGGCUUGCCGUAAUAAUUUGUAUUGUGACUUCACACUUUGCUAAGCUAUUAAGAUUGAUUCGUAGGCCUUGAAUUGCACGGAGGCCAUGGCCUCUGUUGCCCCCUUGUCUUGGUGCCCUUUAAAAGUUUUCCAUUUAGACUGUAAGAUUUUC